AUGGUCAGGAUGGCUGUCGACGAUAAAGUCGCUGAGUACGACGUGGUGAUUGUGGGUGGAGGGCCGGUCGGCCUGCUGAUGGCAUAUCAACUAAAACGAUUUGGGGUCUCUGUCUGUGUAUUCGAGCAGACUACGGAGCAGCUCGACCAGCUGGAUCUAAUAGAACCCAUGCUGCAGCUCGGAUUUGCCUGCCGAACAAGCGUCACAUACAAGGAUGGACAAAGAGUUAUACCCGGCAGAGUGUGGACGUUUAUGGAGAACAUUAGUGACACCACUUAUGAUUUUGCUCUCGUUCUACGUCAAAUGUACACAGAGGCCAUACUUCGUGAGAAGCUCGAAUCAGUUGGCGGCUUUUAUUAUCAAGAGACUCAAUGUAUCGAUUUCGAGGUCGAUGAGUCGGCGCCUCUUGGCACACAUAAAGUAACAUCCACGUUUAAAGACCUCAAGACACAGAAGAUCUUCAAGUUGAAAAGCAAGUAUAUUGUUGGCGCAGAUGGUGGUCGCAGUUUCGUCCGCAGACACGCUGGUAUACCCUUUGAUGGCGAUACGUCCGAGGAUAAGUGGAUUCGUAUUGACGGCAUCGUGGAGACUGAUAUGCCUCUCAAUCGAUCCUAUGGUGCUAUUGAAAGUAAAACGCACGGUAAUGUCUUGUGGGCGCCGCUUGACCAUGGUGCCACACGUAUUGGAUACGCAUUCAGUCCUGAAAUUGCUGCCAAAUAUCCAGAGGGUGUGACGGAGGAGGUCGCCGUGAAAGAAGCCCUUGAGAGUAUGAAGCCGUUCAAUGUAAAGUUCAAGGAAGUUCAUUGGUGGACAUUAUACACGAUUGGACAGCGCAUGGCCCGAGGGUUCUCAACCAAAGAGUGUGUAUUUAUCUGCGGCGAUGCCGCCCAUACACACAGCAGUGGUGCGGCUCAAGGCCUAAACACAGGAACACACGAUGCCGUGAACUUGGGCUGGAAACUCGCCCUGCAGAUCCGUGGCAUCACUCAAGACGACGUUUUGAAGACAUACUCCACCGAGCGUAUGACGGCCGUGCAACAACUUAUCGACUAUGACAAGGACAUUGCCAUGCUUAUGUCACAUAAGUGGCCCGCCUGGUACAAGGGAGACCCGAGUGCCGACCCGUACCUCGCUCUCGGCGAGCUGUUUGAGAGAGCAGCGCCAUUCAAUACAGGACUUGGAAUCAAAUAUUCCCCCAACAUUCUUAAUCAGACAUCGAGCUUGGAAUUGGCGGUGGUACCUGGCAGUCGUCCCCCGGACGUCGAGCUCACCAUGCCGGGUACUAACCAGAAGAUCCGAUUCCAGCGCGUCACCCGCAAUCUCGCCAAGUUUUGGGUUGUUGUCCUUACAGGCAACGUCAAUGCAACACGGUCAUCGAUAAAGGCACUAGAACAAUACUUGGAGUUAAAUAAGAGUCUCAAGACACAUCAGACCAUCGGUUGGAUCACAGUCAGCCCCGUUGUUGGCUGCUCCCCAUACGAGGCGAUUGGCACAAGGCCUUUUGGCAACACCUACUUCGACCCUACAAGUACAGCACAUGAUAAGUUCGGAAUCAACAUGGAAAAAGGUGGCGCUAUCAUCCUUCGACCGGAUGGUCUGGUAGGAUCGGGAGGUCCAAUUGAUGGGGCAUGGAUUCAGGAGUACUUCGCUAGGAUUUUCAAACUAUGA